UUAUUGAACAUUCAUUAUAUACUUUGAUAUCAAUAAUAGUCGCGUACAAAAUUAAGUUUUAAACGAUUUCUAGCGUAUGUAUUUUAUUUAUUUGACGUCAAAGUCAAAUAAUAUCAUUCAUGUCCGAAAUAAAAGUACAUAGCGAGGACACGGUAGCAGUUUGGAAAAUUCCUUUAGCCGACGGUGUCCAUGAAGUUGAAUUUGAACACGGGACGGCCACAGGAAAAAGAGUCAUCAGAUUAGAUGGAAAAGUGAUAAAGAGAAAAGAAUGGAUGUUUCGACUAGUGGGAGAUGAAAUUUUCAACAUUGGCCACACGCAAUGCAUUAUUAGAGUGGAGCCUGACGGUUUGUUUAUGUAUACUUAUAGUUUAUGGGUAGAUGGAAAAAUUUUAAGUGAUUAUUAUGAAUACAUAUCGAAAACGCGUUCUACAUGGUUAAUCACAACAGAAGACGACGGCACAGAACAUCGUAUUAUUCUUGACAGAGAAACAAUGGACAUUUUUCUGGACGGAACUAAAAUUACGGAUGCAAUGUCUGAAUUUAUUGAAAACGGAACGCAGACACAUUUUUUUAUCGGUGAAACUUUGGCCACGAUAAAAACCGAACACAGCGGUGACAAAAAAAUCGGAGUAAUGCAUAAUCUAUUUAUAAAUGGAGAAUUAGUCAAGUCGUUAUAAUAUUUAGACACUUAUACAAUGAUUUUAAAUGGUGAGGAUCGAAAAGGAUUUAAGGGAUGCGUAUACAGUUUUACUGGAGAGCAAAAUAACAAAUCUCGUAAUCUCAUUAGUGAUGUUCAUUUAUAUUAAGUAGUUUUAUUUUUAUUCUUUAAAUAUCAUUAUUAUUUUAUUUUACAAUUAGCUAGUUACAAGUCACAAGUCCUACUGUAAACAGUUAUUCUGAAUUCAUAAGAACGCACGCGCCUCGUAAAAUCCAAAAAUGUUCAUGCACACUAGUAUUAAAAUUAGCUCUAAACACACAACAGUCGUCCACGGCAUUUCCUCUUUUUGAUGUCACGUAAACCGGAAGGCUAAUCGUGUGUUUUGACAUUUUCGAAAGACGGCAUUCGAUCGGCACGAUGGCUAAUAUUGGUAGAUUUUCAACCAUAACUUGUGGUCUAGAUUCGGCCAAGCAUUCAUUUUUCAUGUCCCAGCGAGCCGCUUCCAAGUACAAGCCCAUUACGUAGCAUCCCUGAAAAAAAAAGUAUAGGUACCAAUUAAAUACAUUAAAUUAUGUAAACAAUUACUCGAAUUCAAGAAUUAUUGUUGAAUUUAAUUCCAGUCCGAUAAUAACGUGUGAAUGUUUGAAUCGCACUAAAACUCUCAAGUAAUAAAAUUAUGUUAUAGCUAUCAGUUUGAAAUAGUUCAAUUAAUUAUUUAUUGAUCAUUAAACCAGUAUGUCAAGCAGAUGACACUAAUUUUAAAAUAAUAAUACUACAGUAAUAAAAUAAGUACCUAUGAACUUUUGUAAGCUUCAUUGAAAUUCUAUAAAUAGUGGUAUAAUUAUUAUACAGUUAUCCCAACUACAAAUGACUUAACUACAGUGUUAAAUUAUUUCAGUUGUCCACGUUUUAGCUAAAGCACACUUAUUUAAACAAUAAUUAAAUAUAGGUUGUUCAUUAAAAGUAAACACACAAAUGUUUUUGAUUAAAAACCCUGCAACAUAA